GGCCAUUCGAAAAGUCGCCGAGGCGGACGGGUACGUGAACAAUAUUUCGUCAGGUCCUAAACUGACGAAUAAAGCUCGAUCGGAAUGCUACCAGGAUACCACUCGCUAUGGAGCAUAACAGCGAACGUCGUCGGAACCGAAGAGCAAGCAGACCGCUACUAAAGCUGAUCAUCGAGAACAACUACUUUAUCGGUGGCACAGUAAACCCACGAGACAACGACCUCAAGAUCACCACCGAGGGCUACAAGCUCGUUUUCAACGGCUUUAAGCACUUCAACACCGGUGAUGUAAUCUCCAACUUGACUGUGCUGGAAGGCGACUGUAGACCAAAACAAGCAACGCAAACAAAAGAAUCAAAAUCGAACCAUCAUAGUGCCUUCCAGUGUCAGUGCUCACAUGAGGUUGUUACUAGACUGCAGCAGAAGGAGAGGGACACUUGACAUCUUCCCAGACAGGAUGAAUGAAAAUCUGGCGACUGUGCAUCUCAAAACCUGCGGGUCUAG